AUGGCUGAGGAGAUUGCCGCUCUUGAGCGCACUCACACGUGGGACCUUGUUCCUCGUCCUGCCAAUGUGCGCCCUAUUACAUGCAAGUGGGUGUAUAAGGUGAAGACUCGCUCUGAUGGCUCUCUUGAGCGCUAUAAAGCUCGUCUUGUUGCUCGUGGUUUUCAGCAGGAGCAUGGUCAUGACUAUGACGAGACUUUUGCUCCAGUGCUUGAUGUUAAGAAUGCCUUCCUUAAUGGUGAGCUGCGUGAGGAGGUCUAUAUGCAGCCGCCGCCUGGGUAUUUUGUUCCUGAGGGUAUGCGUUUUGCCUCCGUGGUCACUGCUGCUGGGUUUUCUGCCAGUGCGCAUGAUCCUGCCCUGUUUGUACAUACUUCACCUCGAGGUCGGACUCUUCUCCUCCUUUAUGUCGAUGAUAUGAUCAUUACUGGAGAUGAUUCUCAGUAUAUUGCCUUUGUCAAGGCCUGUCUCAAUGAGACGUUUCUUAUGUCUGAUCUUGGUCCUCUUAGUUUCUUUCUUGGGAUUGAGUUUUCUUCUAUGCCCGAAGGCUUCUAUCUGUCUCAAGAAAAGUAUAUUCAGGACCUUCUUGAUCGGGCUUCUCUUACUGAUCAUCGGACUGUUGAGACUCCCAUGGAACUUAAUGUUCAUCUUCGCGCCACUGAUGAUGAGCCCCUUGAGGAUCCCACUCGUUAUCGUCAUAUCGUUGGGAGUCUUGUUUAUCUUGGUGUUACUCGUCCUGAUAUCUCUCAUGCUGUGCAUAUUCUGAGUCAGUUUGUUUCAGCUCCUUCUCAUCUUCAUUAUAGUCAUCUUCUUCGCGUCUUACGUUAUCUUCGUGGGACUAUUUCACGCCGUCUAUUCUUUCCACGCUCUAGUUCCUUACAUCUCACGGCUUAUUGUGAUGCUACAUGGGCUAGUGAUCCUUCUGAUCGUCGGUCUCUUUCUGCCUAUUGUGUUUUUCUUGGUGGUUCCCUUAUUGCUUGGAAGACUAAGAAGCAGGUAGCAGUUUCUCGUUCGAGUGCUGAGGCUGAGUUGCGUGCUAUGGCAUUUGUGACGGCAGAGGUGCCUUGGUUACGGUGGUUGCUUGAGGAUUUUGGUGUUUCCGUUUCUGUGCCGACUCCUCUUUUGUCUGACAGUACAGGAGCUAUCAGUAUUGCUCGUGAUCCAGUGAAACAUGAGCUUACUAAGCAUAUUGGUGUGAAUAUUUCUUAUACACGUUCACAGGUUCAUGAUGGGGUUAUUGCUCUUCAGUAUGUGCCCCGAAUUGCAGCUGGCUGA